UCACUUUGAUGCGGUUUCCUCCAGCCUUCUCCCAUGCAGGCAGGCCGCCAUUACACGGUGCGGUGGGGGGCUUUUUGCUUUCUGACUGCCGGCUUGGCAGUGACCUCACAAGUGCUGGGGUCGUGCCCUCACCACUGCCACUGCGGCACAACCUCGUCCACUAUCAACUGCUCUUAUGCCCAACUGGCCGUGGUACCGGAGCGCCUCCCGCUAGAUUUGACCGGACUCAACCUGAGCCACAAUGCCAUCAGAACUCUGCCGCCUGAGCAAUUCGGGGCUUUGACGCGACUGGAGGACUUGGACUUGAGCGACAACCACUUGGCGUAUGUGGACGCCGACGCCUUCCUGGGCCUGCGGAGCUUGUUGGAUCUACGUUUGGCUCGCAACCGUCUGAAGGUGCUUCCGGUCGGAGCCUUCGCCGGUUUGUCGAGACUACGGCUGCUCGACGUGAGCCGCAACGAGAUCCUCGGCUUCCUGGAUUUCACUUUCCGAGACUUAGCUGACCUGCGCGUCCUGGAAGCGCUGCACAACGAUGUUGUCUUCAUCUCUCGCCAGGCCUUUGCAGGUUUAUCUGACCUGCGCCAGCUCCACCUGGAUGCCUGCAACCUCACCUUGGUGCCCACUGAGGCCUUUGCACGCCUUGGCAGGUUAACCGUUUUACAUCUGCACCGUCUUGAUUCCAGCGUGUUGCCAAACUACGCUUUCCUUGGCCUGGCACGGCUGAAGGAACUCAUCAUCACCGAUUGGCCCAGACUGGAGAUGUUGUCUGCAAACAGCCUGGUUGGCCUCAAUCUUACAUCCCUUGCGAUUCGAAACUGCAAAAUCAGCGCUGUUCCUUAUGCUGCUUUACAUCACCUAGUCUACCUUGUAAACCUUGAUUUGUCUUGUAACCCAAUCAGCUACAUCCAAGGCAACCAGCUCGGCGACCUGCUGAGGCUAGAAGAGUUCCGCCUAGUCGGGGGGCGACUGCGGCGCAUCGAAAUGGCGACGUUCCAAGGUUUGGCACGUCUGAGCCUGCUCAACGUGUCGGGAAACCUCCUGAGCACCCUGGAGGAGGGCGUCUUUCACUCGGCGGACGCCCUCCGACAUCUUGGACUGGACGGAAACCCGCUGGCAUGCGACUGCCGCCUGCUUUGGCUAGCGCAGCGACGUUCGGCGCUGGACUUUGGGGGAGGCCUGCCGACGUGCGGUGCUCUCGGUCAAUGGGAUUUUCUGGACUACACCGCAGUGGAAAUGGCGGAGCUGCUCACGUGCCGGCCCCCUCGUGUCCAACUGCACCAACCUGGGCUGGUAAGCGUGGACCAGGGCCACACGGCAGUGAUGCGCUGUAAUGCGGAAGGCCAGCCCGAGCCAUCUGUCACCUGGCUCGACCCGAAGCGGAGAGCUUUAAUGGAUGCGGGCAGGAUACGGGCGGUCGCCAAUGGCUCGAUGGAGGUCCGCUACGCCCAGCCGCAGGAUGCAGGCGUUUACCGCUGCGUGGCAUCCAAUGCGGCGGGAUAUGACACGCGGCCUGUUGAGCUCCACGUCAGAGCCCUCACCAAGAAGAAGCCCUUUCACUUCAAAAGCUGGCUGGCCGCCUUGCCGUCUUCGUCGCCGGACAUGCAGGAGCCGCCGUUCGAUGUCAAGACGCUGCUGAUCGCGGCAUCCAUCGGCUUCCUGUCGUUUUUCAGCUCAGUCGGCCUGUGUUUUGUCACCAUCUUCUUCUGGAGUAAGGGCAGAGGGCAGAUAAAACACACCGCCAACAUUGCGUAUGUGCCACAUAGUGCUGCCACCGGCAGAAAUGCCGGCACCGGCAACUACAUGGAGACGAGCAGGUUUACAAUGAAGCUUAUGUAAACAUAAAUGAGAAUAAAAAGUUGAAAGGCUGCAGUUCAGUAUUGCCCAGUUCAAACGCUGACUCUUUUCGAGGGGGGGGGGGGAGUACACAAUUCAACUGAAAUAAUGUGAGCGCAGAACCGUGCACAUCUAAAAAGUGGGAUGUGGCUGUGUUCCGACUUAACUGGUAACAUUAAGAUUCAGAUUAAAUGGGAGUCCACACACACAUGCUACCAUUUAAAAGUGCCUCUGAUUAACCCCAAAUGAAGUUCAGAUCAUCUUCUUGGCUUUUCUUUACAUUAAAAAAAAUGUUUUAUAGUAGUUUCUGAUCCGUCUGUCCUCACAAGGGUCGGUGAGGGCCGUAGGUAGCCCACAGACCAUACGUUGCCCACCCUUGUUACAGAAAAUGCAAAGUUCAAAUAUAUAAGCCAUAAACCCAUUCACAUUCCAUUGCAUGCAUGCAAAAAACAGUGAGUGCCAAUAGAACAAUGCAUGCAAAAUACUAUCUUGUAUAUUAUUAUUAUAUUAUUAACCCAAUUUGCUUAUGUUUGUUUAAAUAUUGCCAUAUACGGUAUAUGUAAUCAUUAUUAUCCUAAACUAUUCUAUUUUUCUCAAGAAAUGUGAAUUUAACGAGAUGUGCAUAACUUUUUUUAAUAUAUAUAUAUUUUGUCUUAUCUUUUGUCUGGUGCUGAUUGGUGUAAUAAUCUUUGAAAUCCAAUAAAGUAUUUCAUUAACUAUUAA